GGGCGUUCGGACGUUCCGGGGUUCUAUCCGGUCGCGCAUCCGUGUGAGAUGUCGGUCAGUCGUACAGAUGCGAAGGUGUUCUCCGGAUCUCCCUCCCUCUCCAUCUGCCUGUGUUUUAUGUCUGCGUCACAACAAGUCGGAGGAGAGCGAGGCAGAGAUGAUGAUGGCGUCCUGCUCGGGUUGAUGCUGAUGCUGCUUUCCUGACAAACACGUUUAUCGACUUCGAUAAAGAGACGGGAAAAGAUCGGGGACAUGAAGCUGAAGACAGACGCAGAGAUAGACGGACGAACAGACGGUUGCGCACCGACGGCUUGAGUGACGCGCGUUUGAUCUACGGCCACUCCAAACGCGCCGAUUAUUCGGGACAGUGAUUAAGACGCAAAACACCGGGCAUCAGACGUUUCAUGUGCGGCUGAAAUUUCUUCCCAUAGUCUCUGUGACCCAAACAGAGCGAAAGACUUGAACACAGGAUGGGGGGAGUUAGUGAAGGAGAAGAUGUUUUAGCCAGAUGGAGCGAUGGACUUUUGUACCUUGGAAAUGUGAAACGAGUAGACAGCGUGAAGCAGAGCUGUUUGGUCAGAUUUGAAGAUAACUCUGAAUUCUGGGUCCUCAGGAAAGACAUCCACUCGUUCUCUUCAAAAGGAGAGGAAGUAUGCUGUAUCUGUGAUGCUCCGCCCCUUAAAGAACCUCUUGUAAACUGCCUCAAAUGUCGUCACGGUUAUCAUCCGGAAUGCCACACGCCCCCCAUCGACCCUGAAAUCGACCCCAACAGCUGGAUAUGUCGCCAGUGUGUCUUUGCCGUAGCAACAAAGAGAGGGGGUGCAUUAAAAAGGGGACGCUUCGCACGACUCAUGCAGAUCAUGAAAGUGAGGCUGCCCUAUCAGCUGUCAUCUUUAGACUGGGACCCGCAACAUGUGACCAAUCAGCAGCAGUGUUACUGUUAUUGCGCUGGACCGGGAGAGUGGAAUCUGAAGAUGUUGCAGUGCGAGAGCUGUGGGCAGUGGUUUCAUGAAGCAUGCACUCAGUGCCUGAGCAAACCUCUUCUCUACGGAGACCGCUUUUAUCAGUUCCAGUGCUCGGUGUGCACAAACGGUCCGGAGACCAUUCAGAGGCUUCCAAUGACCUGGGCAGAUUUGGCUCAUUUGGUGCUGUAUCAUCUCUCCCUGUGCUGCAAGAGAAAGUAUUUUGAUUUCGAUCAUGAAAUCAUGGCUUUUACAAAUGAAAACUGGGAUUCUUUGCUUCUCGGCACGCUAUCAGACACACCGAGGCAGGACCGUUGCCAAAACCUGCUCAACGCAUUAAAUUCCCACAAAGACAGGUUUGUCUCGGGGAAGGAAAUAAAGAAAAAGAAGUGUCUCUUCGGUCUUCAAGUGCGGGCGCCUCCCCCUCUGUCAUCGGACCAAUCCCCUUACAUCGCCGAACAGCCUAUCAGCAUCACUCACAGGAAAAGCCCCACGUCGAUGCCCUGCCAGCGAAGAGCGGUGGGUCCGGAGGGCCGUAAAUCAAAGCGCCGGGUCAUAGAGACACAGGCUUGUCCACCAGCGGUUCCGACAAACUCAAUCGACCUGGUGCCAUGUUUCCAUGGUUGUGUAGACGGGACGAGCCUGUACAACCCCAGAAAACCAGAGGAGGAUAUGGCCUUGGGUUCACCUCCCAAGAGAAUGUUUGCCCUCUACCACCCUUCAUACAAUGGAUCUCGGGACCUUUCUAGAGCUCUGCAUCAUUACAGUGCAGAAGACCCCUGUCGACUUCCAGCCCCCUGCCUUCCAUACACCCUCUCCUCGGCUCACCCUCCCGGGCAGCGUUUUGAAAGCUGCCCUUCUCUUUUCCUGCGUGACGUGCCACCCUACCCCGGCACUGUGGGACCCACGGCAAUGGGUUGGGGGGGAAACGAUGGCGUCAGGAUCCUGGCCAGACGUGUAACAGCAGAAGGAAAAGUCCAGUAUCUCGUGGAGUGGGGAAACGUGAGCGUGUAUUGAGAAGGAUGAGCAAAAGAGUGUGCGUGACACACAGAGAGAGGCUGUACAUAGAGGAAAGGGCUAGAGUUAUCAUUAGGGUUUGCAUGGUUACGGGCAGAGGUGUUAAAGCAUCGCUGAGCAGGUGGGUGUUCAGCGGUCGACAUGAGAGCAACAGCGGAGGAUGACGACUUCAAGCAAAUCCAGGUUGAGCUGCACGCCGGCUUCGCUCGGAGAUUAUACUGUUAAAUCUCUUUUUCCUUUUACAGUGUUUCCUAUAUUUUGAAUACUGUUAGAAAUGCCUUUAGAAUGCCUUGAAUUUUAUGGUUUGUAAUGCAUAAGCUACUCAUCGGCAUCACGUUGUUCAUGUACUCAUAACAGUCUAACCAUGUACAAUUUCAGGAAAAGUGUGGUGACACCAAUAAUUGUAAUAUUCAAACAAAGUCCAUAUUUACAAAUCUCUUAAAGGAAUAGUUCUUACAUCAUUUAUUCACCCUCGUGCCAUUUCAAACCUGUAUGACUUGAUUUUCUUCUGCAGAACACAAAAUAAGAGAUUUUGAAGAAUUAUGGUAACCAAACAACAUUGGAUCCCAUUGACUUCUAUUGUAUGGACACAAAACCACUGAGACAUUUCUCAAAAUAUCUUCUUUUGUGUUCUAGAAGAAAGAGUUAUACUAAGGUUAACAUAAGGGUGAAAAAUUGAUGACAAGAUUUACAUUUUUGGGUGAAUUGAUGGGUGACAAACAAGACGUCGAUAUAAUAAAAGAGUGAAUAGGGAUAAACUAUUUUUUUCUUAACAUCAAGAAGUCAUUUAAGAUGAUAAUGGCUUGAAUUCUUGCAGCAUAUGUCACUCAAACAUAACCCCCAGAAUUGUGGUAAAAUCACGGUAAUGCACAUCCUUGAAAGAAUUAUUGCUUUUUUCUGCAACAGAAAUAUGAUAGACAGUUAUUUAUUAUUAUUUAUCGGAAUAAACAAUUAAUACAGUCUAACUGUAGGCUGUUUGUUGUUGCCAAGCAACAAUAAUUUUAACUGCAGAUUGUCCAAUCAGAAUUUAGGAUCUGUUAAAAUCAAAUUUACUUCCCUAAUUGUUGGUUGUACAUUUAAAAUGCACAGAUUAUAAUCAGGCCACAAAAUAUGCACCUGUAAAAUUGUGGAUUAUGUUUAUCAAUAAAACACAACUGCCUUCCAAAGGUGCUUAAAUCUAAGACGUACUUAAACUUUAUGACCUGCAUUAGUAGCUCAGAGAAUUAAACUGUACGAGAUUUACUCUGUUGCAAGUGAUGAUAGCGAAAGACACCUGGAGUUAUUUGUGUUUAUGAUAAUAACUUGAUCAGGUCCAGAUCAUCUCCGAUAGAGAAUACACAUGCAGUACAUUCUACCUGGAUAGAAACGUUAGGCAGUUGGUCCGUGUGUGAGGCUUGUUUCAUCAGUGAAUGAUAAUGAAUGUAUAUCGUGUGUUUUUUAUUCAUGGUAUGUGCUUGUUAGGUCAUAGAUUUCAUGUCAGGGUGACGCAAGAACUAGCAGACUGUAGUAGUCUUUUAUAAUGGUCAAGUCAACGUUUAAUUUUAUGUAUUAUUUGAGGUUUCUGUCAGAUUAUGUUUUUACUGUAUGUACUCUAGGUUUAAAAUGUAAACGGACAAUAAAUAUACCA